GGGCCAGAGACGGGGGCAACCUCACUCCCUCUGGCUGCUCCGGCUCCUUUGGUCAGUGCCCAGCUCCCAAGAGACCUUCUCAGGAUGCCCGAGCCGGGGAAGAAAGCAGUUUCAGCCUUUAGCAAGAAGCCCAAAAGCGCAGAGGCGGCCGUGGGCAGCUCGGCCUUGUUCGAAGCUGAGACGGAGCGGGCGGGCCUGAAGCUGCGCUGGCAGAGGGCGGGCAGCGACAUCUCCGCCAGCGACAAGUACGUGCUGACGUCCGAAGGCACGCGGCACACGCUGACCGUGCAGGACGUGCAGCCGGACGACCAGGGGCUCUACGCGGCCAUCGCCGGCACCUCGAAGGUCAAGUUUGAGUUGAAGGUCAAAGAGGCAGAAAAGCCCGAUCUGGUUCCAGCCCCGAAGGACACCCCCGGCCCCAGUGAAGGCCUUUUGCCCUCCGAGCCUCCUGUCCCAGGGGAUGCCUCCGGUCCGGGCUCCGAAGGAUGCCCUCCCAACAGUGAAGCCACCUGUGAAGCGGCUUCGGGGGACCCCAUUGGCCUGUUUGUGAGCCGGCCCCAGGACGGCGAGGUGACCGUGGGGGACAGCAUCACUUUCUCAGCCCAGGUGGCCGGGGCCAGCCUCCUGAAGCCCCCCGUGGUCAAGUGGUUCAAGGGGAAGUGGAUGGAUCUGAGUGGCAAAGUGGGGAAGAAUCUGCAGCUACACGACAGCUAUGACCGGGCCAGCAAGGUCUACCUCUUCGAGCUACACAUCUCCGAGGUCCAGGCAGCCUACGCCGGCGGCUACCGGUGUGAAGUUUCCACCAAGGAUAAAUUCGACAGCUGCAACUUUAACCUCACGGUCCAUGAGGCCAUCGGUCCAGCAGACCUUGACCUUCGCUCUGCAUUUCGUCGCCCGAGCCUGCCCGGUGGCAAUCGUAGGACCAGUGGAGACGGUCACGACGACGCUGGGAGCCUGGAUUUUUCCUCCUUGCUGAAGAAGAGCAGCUUCCUGCGGACAUCGAGGGACCCGAAGCUGGAGGCCCCGGCGGAGGAGGACGUCUGGGAGAUCCUGCGCACCGCCCCUCCCUCGGAGUACGAGCGCAUCGCCUUCCAGCACGGCGUCACCGAUCUCCGGGGCAUGCUGAAGCGGCUCAAGGGCAUGAAGAAGGACGAGAAGAAGAGCGCAGCCUUCCUGAAGAAGCUGGAACCCGCCUACCAGGUUAACAAAGGGCAGAAGAUCCGGCUGGUGGUCGAAGUGGCCGACCCAGACGCUGAGGUCAAAUGGCUGAAGAACGGGCAGCCGAUUCAGAUGAGUGGCAGGUACAUCUUCGAGUCUGCCGGCAACAAGCGCAUGCUGACCAUCAGCCAGUGUUCCCUGGCCGACGACGCUGCUUACCAGUGCAUGGUGGGAGGAGACAAGUGCAGCACGGAGCUCUUCGUGAAAGAGCCGCCGGUCCUGAUCACCAGGGGGCUGGAGGACCAGAUGGUGACGGUUGGGCAGCGGGUGGAGUUUGAGUGUGAAGUGUCUGAGGAGGGAGCCCCUGUCAAAUGGCUGAAAGACGGAGUGGAGCUGACCCGGGAGGAGACCUUCAAAUACCGCUUUAAGAAGGAUGGACGGAAGCACCAUCUCAUCAUCAAUGAAGCCACCCUGGAGGACAGCGGCCACUACGCCAUCCGGACCAGCGGCGGGCAGGCCUUGGCGGAGCUCAUCGUCCAAGAGAAGACACUGGAGGUUUAUCAGAAUAUCGCAGACCUGACGGUGGGGGCUCGGGACCAGGCAGUGUUCAAGUGCGAGGUGUCCGACGAGAACGUGAAGGGGGUCUGGCUAAAGAACGGGCGGGAGCUGGUGCCCGACAGCCGCAUAAAGGUGUCCCACAUCGGCCGGGUCCACAAGCUGACCAUCGAUGAUGUCACACCUGCAGAUGAAGCCGAUUACAGUUUUGUACCUGAGGGCUUUGCCUGUAACCUCUCAGCCAAGCUCCACUUCAUGGAGGUCAAAAUCGACUUUGUUCCCAGGCAAGAACCUCCCAAGAUCCAUCUGGACUGCCCUGGACGCACACCUGACACCAUCGUGGUCGUGGCUGGGAACAAGCUGCGCUUGGAUGUGCCCAUCUCCGGGGAUCCGGCACCGACCGUCAUCUGGCAAAAGGCCAGCCAGGAAAGCAAGACCCCAGAUCCUGCCACCGAGGUUGGUGACAGCAGCGAGUGGGUGUUUGAGAAGAAGCUGCUUUGCGAGACGGAGGGUCGUGUGCGCGUGGAGACCCACAAAGACCGCAGCAUCUUCACGGUGGAGGGUGCAGAGAAAGAGGACGAGGGUGUCUAUACUGUAACUGUGAAGAACCCCGUGGGGGAAGACCAGGUCAACAUUACCGUCAAAGUCAUCGAUGUCCCCGACCCCCCGGCAGCCCCAAAGAUUAGCAACGUAGGGGAAGACUCCUGCACCGUACAGUGGCAGCCCCCGGCCUAUGAUGGCGGACAGCCCAUCCUAGGCUACAUCUUGGAGAGGAAGAAAAAGAAGAGUUACCGGUGGAUGCGGCUGAAUUUUGACCUCCUCCGGGAGCUGAGCCAUGAGGCCAGGCGGAUGAUUGAAGGCGUGGUGUAUGAGAUGCGUGUCUACGCGGUCAAUGCUAUUGGCAUGUCCCGGCCCAGCCCUGCCUCCCAGCCCUUCAUGCCCAUAGGCCCUCCCAGUGAGCCCACCCACCUGGGUGUGGAGGACAUCUCCGACAGCUCCGUCACCCUCAAAUGGCGGCCCCCAGAGCGUGUUGGGGCUGGGGGGCUGGAUGGCUACAGCGUGGAGUACUGCAGAGAGGGAUCCUCGGAGUGGGUAAGCGCCUUGCAGAGCCUGACCGAGCGCACGUCAUUGCUGGUGAAGGAGCUUCCCACAGGUGCCAGGCUGCUCUUCCGAGUACGGGCACACAAUCUGGCUGGACCUAGUGCCCCCGCCAUCACCAAGGAGGCCAUCACUGUGCAGGAGAUCUUGGAGCGGCCCAGGCUGCGGCUGCCUCGGCACCUGCGCCAGACGGUGCAGAGAAGAGUGGGCGAACCCGUGAAUAUUCUCAUCCCUUUCCAGGGGAAGCCUCGGCCCCAGGUGACGUGGACCAAGGAGGGACAACCAUUGGCCGGGAACGACGUGAGCAUCCGCAACAGCCCAACAGACACCAUCCUGUUCAUCCGGACCGCCCACAGGGCUCACUCGGGCACCUACCAGGUGGCCGUGCAGAUCGAGAACAUGGAGGAUACGGCCACCUUGGUCCUGCAGAUUGUCGACAGACCAAGCCCCCCUCAGGAGGUGCGAGUCACUGAAACCUGGGGCUUCAACGUGGCCCUCGAGUGGAAGCCUCCCCAGGAUGAUGGCAACACUGAGCUGUGGGGCUACACAGUGCAGAAGGCUGACAAGAAGACCAUGGAGUGGUUCACAGUCCUCGAGCAUUACCGCCGGACCCACUGCGUGGUCUCUGAGCUCAUCAUGGGCAAUAACUACUACUUCCGGGUCUUCAGCCACAACAUGGUGGGUGCCAGUGAGAAAGCCGCCACCACGAAGGAGCCAGUCUUCAUCCCCAAAAUAGGUCUCACAUACCAGCCCCCCACCUAUAAAGCCCUGGACUUCUCCGAGGCUCCGAGCUUCACUCAGCCCCUGGUGAACCGCUCUGUUAUCGCUGGCUACAACGCGGUCCUCUGCUGCUCUGUCCGAGGUAGCCCUAAGCCCAAGAUCUCCUGGUUCAAGAAUGGGUUGGACCUGGGCGAAGAUGCCCGUUUCCGUAUGUUCAGCAAGCAGGGAGUACUGACUCUGGAGAUCCGAAAACCCUGCCCCUUUGAUGGGGGUGCUUACGUCUGCCGGGCCACCAAUGCCCAGGGGGAAGCCCAGUGCGAGUGUCGUCUGGAGGUUCGAGUGCCUCAGUAACCAAGCUAGCUGGCAACCCCGGGAAGGCACGUGCUGUCAGGACCCCAGCCCUGAACUUGGAGGAAACCAAUCUUGUUGCUGUGCUGUGUGUGUGCUGGGGGCGGGGGGAAAGACAAGGGGGCCCCCAAGAGAUUCUUGCCCUCCUCCCUCCAGCAGCUGUCGGGCUACAGGAAAGGAGGGGUUCUUGGCCUACUAGGCAGGCCGCUACUUUCUCCCUGUCUGUGUACACAAGCUAUCCCCUAUCCCCUAAGGGAGCACUUUAAAAAGAAGGCAUCAUAAAGAGUGCCGGCUUCACUUCGGCGUACUAGACUAAUAAACCAACUCGGGUAGCCCA